AUGGGUGGCGACUCAAAGUCUGUGUCGUGGUACGACAACUCGUACAAGAAGAAAGGCUCCUCCGCCAAUCAACAAGGGAACAUGACUCCAACCUCAACUGAGAAUGAGAAAGACUCUGACGAGAACAUUCAAGUCACGGAUCCCAGCACGGUCAACCUCAAGGCCAACGUCUUCCACAAAGUUGCCAAAACCUUUACGCUGCUCUUCAACAAGGACAGUGACCGCUACGACCGCCGUCCCGAGACUCCAGCCGGCUGGACCACCACCGGUGAGCUGGGCGCCUUGCGAGCUGAGCAGGACGCGCAGUAUGAGCUCAUGGAGGAGUUUGAGCUGAAGAUUGAGGAGCUGAAGAAGGAAGUUGCCCAGCAGAAGCUGCUUAUCAAGGCUUACGAGACCAGGGCCAACCAGAACGAAGAGUAUCUGCAGCACUGCAUGCACUGGAUCAGCAUGGCCCAGAUCUUUGGUGACGUGCCCGUUGCCAGGGACCGGAUGAACUGGACGCCUGGUCGAGACCCGGCACUGGUUGGUGGCGACGAGAUCGAGGAGGAGGAUUUCAACGAUGUCAACGACGUCAACGCCGCCAGGGGUUUUGAUAAUGAUGACAAAGAGGCCCGAGAUGUCAAGGCAUUCAAGUGUAUUCACGCAUUGAAUGCAGCUAAGGCCAAGUGA